CAGUAUUGCUAAGAUUUUUAAAAAUCUUGUUUGUUUUGUGUAAUUCAACAAUUUUUAACGAUGAGUUAAUGUGACAACUGAAUAAACUAGUGGCUGACUUUAUCCCCAACAUCGCUAUUGGAAACGUGUGUUUACACAACGGGGAAUUUGUGAACAAAAUAUUUGUACAGUGCAGAAAACUGAAAAAAUCCAUAUGCGAAAUAAUUUCUAAUCUUGGCCGUCUUCGUUAAUACUUCAAAACGGUUUAAUUUUAUGUCCGCUGUGGGCACACUGUUUAUACAUCUUGCAGACAUUUAAUUCCUGUUGUGGUUUACGAGCUAAAUCUAAUUUACUGUCUCUGUUCUGUCUCUGUGGUUUGACGUCAAAUGCUGUUGUCACUCUCGUACUCAGGUCUUUCUGCACUCGCAUCUGGCGAUUCUGAGAGGCCUGUGAGAGAGGAUUCCUGGGGAGAUAAUUCCGUGUGACGUCAUUUUUGAAAAACAGAAAGAGAGUUGCAAUUAAGUAGUUGCCGAGUCCCAGCAUGAUAACGCUCUCUUUGUACGAGAUGACAGCCACUUAACAACAUCAAGGACUCGCUAGGAAAGGAGAAUGUUACCUGUUGUAGGAGAUUCCUCUUGAUUCUUCACUUCGAAACAUCUCCUGUAUUAUCCGUUUGUUAUGUUUUGUAUGUCGCGUGAAGAGUUCAGUGAAGUGUUCUUGAAAUGAAACCAUUGAGGAAAAGUGUUUUCUGAUUCAGACAGUCGACUACUGAAAAGCAAUGGCCCAGUGGGUGGGUUAGAGCCAUUAGUAAGACAAGAUGAUAUCUCGUGGGCAGAAUAAAGGAGUUGAACUAGACUUACUGGAGGAUAUAUUUAGACAGAAAGAAAGAGAUCUGGAAAAGGGGAUUUUGAAUUUUACUUUGAGAGAUAAAGAUUGUGAUCCUGUACUACGUACCAAAGCUGAAGAGGAUCGUAUGUUGACUGAGAUGCAUCUUACUAGUAAUAUUAUUCACGUGAAAAUAUCUCGUUGUAACUCAUUUGAUGAGGACGCUGACGUGUGUGAUGUCACACUAGCCCCCAAGUCCCCAACAUUGCUGAGCGCUCCACUUCCGAGUCUCACUUACAUACGCAGUAAAUAUCAUCCUCCGAUGCAAGAUGAAAUGUUUGUGUCUGGAAUCGAGGCUGAAAGACAGCAAAUUGAAACCAAAACACUUGGGAACGAUACUGCGCAUGCUCUGGCAGAUCGUCGGGCAAGUUACACGAGAAAGUUACGAGCGCACGCCGAAGACGAAACGAAUUUUGUUGAGAGGUACGUUGAAAUAGCUAAGGAAGAGAAAAGAAGUCAGCUGCAGUUAUCAGAAAAUAUUGAAAGUUCGGGCACGGAAGCCUCCGUAAGACGAGCGACAUUAUGGCGACGAUGUGCGGCAAUGGCCGACGUUUUAGCGAAGGAAGAAGCGGAACGCUUGCUGUGGAAGAAGAUGUUCUGUGUUGCUGCGCAUCAUGUUUAUGGAAAUAAAGGGUUCUAUUGAAGUAAAGUGAUUUUUAUCUUUGAAGAAUAUGGUGUCUUUUACGAGAUCUUUCCACAACACAAUCCAGUCCGCUAUUUUGGAAGGGAUGCAUGAUGGACUAUGUGACGUGACUCCAUGCCAUGACGUCAUGAUACGUCUCUCUGAUGGCGCUAAACUCGACAACAAUUCAGGACCGCGUGAAAAAGUGCUUGAAAUGUUUCUCACUUUUUAUGCUUGGGUAGAUCCUCCAGUGGUGAGACGGUCAUGAUAACGGAUUUCAAACGAUUUCAAGACUCCACUAUACUAUGUCCUACAUACACCCUGAUAAAGAAUAGACAAUUGGUCCGAUUUAUUAUUAGAAACCUCUUAGGUUUUAACAUAUGUACAGUAAUUAUUUAAAAUAAAGUAAAUAUUUUCAUCGA